ACGGCAAAGAAAAGAGGAGUUCCACUGCUCGUUUCUCCUUUGCCUGCUCAAGACCGUCAAUCCAGUGGAGCUUCAAAAAACGUAAAUGAGUGAGCGAUGACAUCUCUGCAGACAUGGCCUCUUACAUUGCUGCUUGUUAUUGCAGUACAUUGGUCUAACUCAGUUGAAGACAACAAGAUCCCUAGUUUGUGCACAGGAAGCCCCGGUAUCCCAGGGUCCCCUGGGUUGCACGGCAGCCCCGGUCAGCCCGGCAGGGAUGGACGAGACGGCCGUGACGCCCAACCAGGAGAGAAAGGAGAAAGAGGAGAGAGCGGAGAACCAGGUCAGCCAGGCGCGAGGGGCUUCACGGGAGACCGAGGGGAUCCAGGGGAAAAGGGUGAGCGAGGAACCCCGGGCGAGUGUGCGGUGGCCCCCAAAUCAGCUUUUAGUGCCAAACUGUCUGAGGCCCGCACGACUCCAUUGGUGGCGGGGGAUGCGGUUCGCUUCGACAAAGUGGUUCUGAACGAGCAGGGCGAUUACAAUCCCGAGACCGGAAGAUUCACGUGCAGAGUGCCGGGCGUUUACUACAUCGCCGUUCAUGCCACAGUCUACCGCUCCAGCUUGCAGUUUGACCUCAUAAAGAACGGAAACACCGUGGCCUCCUACUUUCAGAUCUUCGGGAACUGGUCCAAACCAGCCUCGCUGUCUGGAGGAACAUUAGUGCACUUGAUUCCAGGAGAUCAGGUGUGGGUGCAGAUGGCCCUGGGCGAGUACAAUGGCUUUUACUCCAGCCCAAAGACAGACAGCACUUUCACUGGUUUCCUAGUGUACUCAGACUGGAAAAACUCUGCUGUUUUUGCAUAGAUUUAAUAGAAGCAAUAACUAACUUUGUUUGUCACAUGCCAAUUUCAUAAAGUGGAAAAGCACUGUCACGGAUCAGACAAAGGCCUUUGAUUGGCCUUCAUUUGUAAUCAUUUCAAUAUAAUCAGAUAUGAUCAGCACUGCACAGAAUAUUCAGUUAUAAGCACAUUUAGUCAUACAGAAUAAAACGACUGGUGGGUUGCCAUGCAAAGUAGGAAAUUCACAAAUGAACCAUAUUACUUCAUUGGAAACAUGGAAUCAAAUUUUUUAAAGAAAACCGUCUACUGUUUUCUCACAAAAUGUUUAUUCUGGUGGCAGUCUAUAUUUUGUGAAAAAGCACAAUAAAUACUUUUCCAACA